CGCCGCCUCAUGCAAACCUACUUGAGUAGAGGACUCUUCGCUGGCAAUGAGCUGUUCGAAAUGCAUUUACAGUAUGACUACAUGAAGGAUCUACAGUGGCAGGCGGCAGUCUUCAUGAGACCCUCGUUCUAUAUAUGCUGCGCUUUUGUAGUUGUGACAAUUGGUCUAACAGCUGUUGCUGUGUCUAGCAGAAAGACGGAAUGUAUGAAAGCAGUCAAGAAAAAGACAACUGAAGUGUUAGCUGCCAUGGACACUAAGUCUAGUAAUUCUUCGCACUACACCGGGGACUCCAACUCACAAGCAGUUAUUCAGCAACAAUUUGAGGGGAGAAGCUUUAUCACCUGUUUUGAUAUCGCAGCGAAUUGGCAGCUCAUUUUUGCGCCGCCUAAAUCGGCUCACACAUUUGCCGCUCUCAAUGGUUUGCGUUUUGGUAGCACUUUAUGCGUCAUCCUCUAUCAUUAUUUGGUUUUUCUCUGCACUGGUACAAGAAACAAGUUGACGCUUUUCAACUAUCAAGUGCAGAUCGGAAAUGUAGAUAUAUUCGUGGAUAUAUUCUUUGUGCUCAGCGGCUUCUUGCAAGCAUACAAUCAUUUUCGGAACGCAAAAUUAUUGGCGAUGAUACGUAAGAACAAUUUCGUACAAAAUUUAAAGUUAAUUGGAGCCCACUUAUUUCAUCGCUAUUUGAGACUGGCCCCCAUGUAUUUCCUAGUCAUCGCCAUGUCAGACUUUGGUGCGGCAUUGUCCGACAACACCACUUUAUUCCACAUCGAACACAAAAUUCAAGUGAAUUGCGCAAAAUAUUGGUGGCGAAAUGUAUUAUUUAUACAAAAUUUCUACGAUCUCAAUGAUGCUUGUGGUAUGUGGACCUGGUCGCUGGCAUGCGACAUGCAAUUUUCAUUAUUGUCCAGCAUUUUGCUCUUCACAUAUGUCAAACACCCGCGACGUACAAAACUCUGUCUUGUUACGCUCGUCAUCGCCAAUAUUUUGUACACCUACUUUAUCGGCCUCAAAUUGAACUUCGAUCAUACACUCGAAUCCACGUUUACCUAUUUGACAGAAAUCUACAUCAAUCCUUUGUCACGCAUUUUGGCUUACAUUUGCGGCAGCAUUGCUGGCUGGUGGUUCGUAGAGCAGCGGCGACUACCAUUUGCUUUGAGUAAAAGUAUUCAGCGAUUUUUUGGCCUUUUGCUGCCGCUAGUAGUGCUCGGCUGUAUAUUGAAGCCACCCUGUAACAGUCUUUCGCCGCUGGCAGCCACUUCAAUUUUGCUAUUGGAACGGAUUAUCUUCAGUCUGGCGUGUAGUAUUUUAAUUGUAUGUAACGCGUAUGGCCAAAUACGUUGGUUUUUUCGUUUCUUCGAGUCCAUUGUGUUUCAGAAAUUUAACAAAGUUGUUUAUGCAAUGUUUAUGUUGAAUCCAAUUUUCAUAUCUGCGUUGACAGGUUUUAGCCAAUCGCAUUUGUAUGCCAAUCCUUUGAAUUUGGCGUUCGAAUUCAUCGGAGUUGUUGUAACUUUAGUGUUAUUUUCAACACUUUUUACUUUACUCUUCGAUAUACCCUAUCAAAAUUUAUCAAGACUGCUGAUCAUUCAUCAAGACAAGCGGAAAAUUGCCUAA